ACAGAGGCACAGAUAAGGAUCUCUAUUUCAGUUCUUCCAUGACGCGUCUCAUCCUGUUGCUUGGACUAUUUAUAAUAGAAUUCUUUAGUGGUUCUCAAGCUGAAAAUGCAUUUUCUCAAUACUGGAAAGAAAAUAUUGGUUUUUCACAUGCUCCACAUUGGUUAUCUGCAAAGGCUUCUCCAUUAACCCCCCAUCAAGCGGCAAUGUUUAUGAAACUUAUGGAGAAAAAUGAAUUAACUUUCCACUUACCUUUGUUUUGUAAACAAGCUAAUAUUGCUUGUUCUACAAAUGCAUUGGUAAAGAAGACAGUGCAUGACAAAAGCCUGCCACCAAUAGCCCAGUGGAAUCUUAUCAAAUUAAAAUAUGAGCUUCCAAAUGAAGCACCCCUAUCAGUUUCUUGCCAAGGUGGAUUGCCAUAUUUUCGGGAGUCAAUGGUGAAAGAGGGAAGUUUCAUGCCUGUCCCUGAUCUAAGAGACCCAAUGUCAUAUAAAUCAUUCUUGCCGCGAACUCUAGCGUCAAAAAUCACAUUUUCCUCUAUUCACAUUGAAGAGUUGAAGAAGCUUUUUGGUGUAGUAGAUGAAUCAAAAAUGGAUGAGUAUAUUCAAGAUACUCUAGGGGUAUGUGAGAAGCUCCCCAUUCGAGGUGAGCUGGUCACAUGUGUAACUUCUGCUGAGGAUCUCAUUGAUUUUGUUGUUAAGAAAUUAGGACACCAUGUACGUUUAUGGAGUACUGAAAGUGUCGAAGGAUCUUAUGAAAAUGUCACAAUUGGAGUUGUAAAACUCAUCUAUGGAAACCUCUCUGAACCACCAGCCUUAUGUCAUAGUCAACCAUUCCCAUUUCAAAUCUAUUAUUGCCAUGUUUUACAGAAAGUGAAAAUAUAUGAAGUUGAUAUACAUGCUCGGAAGAAAGUGAAUCAAGUGAUCAUGGCGUGCCACUAUGAUACAUCAAAAUGGAAUCCAAACCAUCUUGCUUUUAAGUUGUUGGGUUUUGGUCCAGGGCUAAUUGAAGUCUGUCAUUGGAUAAACGAGAAUGGAGUGGUGUGGACACCCACUCUAGAUUGAGCAUCAUUUGAAGAUUUGAUUAUCUUCUAGUUCUUUGUUUUUGUGUUGCAUGUUACUUCUUAUGCUAUCUGAAGGAUAAAUAAUAACCUAUUUUGGCUUA